CGCCUAACCGAGGAGCAGGAGAUUCUCUCUUUCUCUUCUUAUCCCCAAAAAAUUAUGGUUGAUCUCGGAAAAGAAAAGUGGCCCUGCGGUGGACUAGCGCUCCUCCAUUCAACGCCCGUUUUGCGAUUUGUCGAUUCUGUCCACGAUGCCUGCCCCGAUCGCCACGGCUACGGCCUCCAAGAAAAGAAAGAAUGUCAAGGAGAGCGGCGUGCCUUCGUCGAAACGCCGUGCCGUCGCCGACACUGAGUCCGCCGAUGCGACGGCCGACAUCCAGCGGCUGGAAGACCAAAUCUCCGAAUCGCGGAAGCACUACAACAACAUCGCAACCCUGAUUUCCAUGCUCACCACCCAAGGAUCUGCCAAGAAACCGAAUGUCCCCGCUGCGUUGGCUCUCUGUCGUGUAUUCAGUCGAUUGAUCGCGGGGGGGAACUUGACCGAUUCAAGCCGGGCCCCCGAGAACGAAAAGAUUAUUGUUGCUUGGUUGAAGGAGCGGCUCAAGGAAUAUCAGAAAGCCCUGCUCUCUAUCAUUCGCGAGAGCGAUCCUUCGUCUCAGAUCACCGCCUUAACCUUGUGUCUCUGCAUUGUCAACGAGCGCGCCACACAUCUUCCCGGCGAAGAAGGUAUCUGGUUGACGGGUCUAUUCAAGAAUGUCGUGGAAGCGGUUGUGGAGGCCAACAAUGGCCAAGCGGUGCUGUCCGAGUUCAUCGAGAAGGCCAAGGAGUUCGAGGACGUGCGCUACUACACCUUCAUACAGAUCUCUGAAUACGCAAGCACCCCACGCAGCUCCAAAACCAUCGACACAUUGAUCACCAUCCUGUCGGCAUGCGACUCGAUACCCACGCCCGAGCACGAGUUCGAGAGCUUCUACACGAAAACCAGCCAGAGCAACAAGCGGGUGGUGUCGGCGAAGUCGCACAAGAAGCACGCGCAGGACGCCUGGCUGGCGAUCCUGCGCAACACCCUGUCGGAGACGCAACGCAAGCAUCUGCUGCGGAUCAUGGUGCACAACAUCGAGCCGUGGUUCCUGCGGCCGGAGCUGCUGAUGGACUUCCUGACGGACUCGUACAACGUGGGCGGGGCGACCUCGCUGCUGGCGCUGUCGGGGCUGUUCUACCUGAUCCAGGAGAAGAACCUGGACUACCCGCAGUUCUACCCGAAGCUGUACUCGCUGCUGGACGCGGACCUGCUGCACUCGAAGCACCGGUCGCGCUUCUUCCGCCUGAUGAACACCUUCCUCGCCUCGACCCAUCUCCCCGCCGCCCUCAUCGCCAGCUUCAUCAAGCGCCUCGCCCGCCUCGCCCUCAACGCCCCGCCGCCCGCCAUCGUCGCCAUCGCCCCCUUCAUCUACAACCUCCUCAAGGAGCACCCCACCUGCGCCUUCAUGCUGCACCGCCCCAUCCGCGACGCCGACCGCCAGGCCCUCCUCGCCGCCCGCGGCAUGGACGACCCCUACGACCCGCGCGAGCCCGACCCCGUCCGCUCCCGCGCCCUCGACAGCAGUCUGUGGGAGCUCGAGACCCUGCAGUCGCACUACCACCCCAACGUCGCGGCGAUUGUCCGCAUCCUCGCCGAGCAGUUCACCAAGCAGUUCUACCACCUCGAGGACUUCCUCGACUACACCUACCAGGGCAUGCUGCAGGCCGAGCUGGGCUCCGAGGACAAGCCGUUCAAGCGCAUCCCCGUCGUCGAGUACCAGAUCCCCCGCCGCAUAUUCACAGACCGUCUGCUGGAGGAGGACGGCGGCGAGGAUACCGCGCCGGGCAGUUUGCUUCGAGGGCUGUGGGAGUUUGCAUAGGCGGGGUUAGGAAGCGGCGCAGGGUUUACGACUUAAAAGCAAGAUAUCAAC